GUUGUUAGUGCUUGUUUUUGGCCUGACCGUUAAAAUCGCUACGUGUAUCUUCGUAAAAGAAACGGCUGAGUGUGUGACGUGCUGUCAGGAGCAGUUUGUCUACGAAGUAAUCUCCUCAUAUACUUCGGGGCUAACGAGAAAAGGUGGACAGUGAAAUUCAAAGGUUGUCCAUACUGUAGAACUGAAGCGAUGGACCAGGAGCCAACUAAGUGGAUAAAAAAAGAUGAAACUGAUGAAGUACAAACUGAGUUACACUUCAUAGGCCCGACGUGGGAGUGGAGCGGCGAGCUGCCGCAGGUGGCGCAGACGAUCCUGCACCAACACGCGAUCCAGGGCGAUGUGACGGAGCUGCAGCUGGCCGCCGUGCGCUGGACGUCCUACUGCCGGCAGGCGCUGUCUUCGCCACUGGACACUCGCAUCCUGCUGCGCCUGCUGCAGGACCUGGACGCGCGCUGGCCACACGAGACGCUGUCCCGCGAGGAGGUUAUAGCUGUGGAGCAACAUACACAACAUCGUCAGCUCAUGUCUCGUGUAGACAACUAAUGGAAAGAAAUUACUAG